GACGUUUAUUUCAACAGCACAGAGCUCACCAGAUCUUGUGACCGCCAAGAGAACGGCUUGUUUCCCGUCACAAGGCAGACCCUCAGUCUCGCUGCUUCUUUGUUCAUUUUCCUGGAUAACACGGCGGUGGUCCUCUCAUAUAUUGUAUGGGAUCUCUUAAGUUGUUCGCAUCAACGGUUUCGCUGCUCAUAGUGGUCUAUGGCACGGCAGUACGCGCUGCAAGACUGCGAUGUGGCGAGAAAGGAAGCCAACCUGGCUAUUGGUCUACAGUCCGCCUUGCAUCAGAUUUCUUUAUGUGGCAAACCUUAGACCCGACGUGCCCCUUGGUUGAUUGCAUCAGCAACUACUUAGAAAGCGAGCACCAAGUCCCAUUCCCAACAAUAUUAAUUUUUGGCGACUCAGUGGACAGGUUUCUUAUAGAUGACUUCCACCAGGUAGUUGACGACAAGGUUGAUAUGCCGGAAGCUAAGAAGGUGGCACUGAAAUCCAAGUUUACGCGCCACCACACUCCUGGCGUCAGCCUAGAGGGCCCCUACCAUUUAAAUGAAGUGUUGCCGAAGUCUCCCCAAAUGGUCAUUGAUGAGGCCAAGCGGAGCUUUGAGAGCUUGGCCCAGGUACCCGAUGUCGUUGUGUUCAACGCCAACUUGUGGGAUAUUGGACGGCUCUGGGCAUGGGAUCGUGGAACGUUUUCUCACGACCAUCUUGACGAGUCCUUCAGUAGAGACUGGCUGAGGAAUGGAUCGCAUAUCCUGCAGCUCAUACAGGUAUCUUUUGCUUCGAGUGUGCUGAUCGCACACACAACCGCCCUGCCUGCGCUGGAGUCAUGUGAUACAGACAGACAUGCUCAAGCACCAACUGGUCGACGCACACACGUAGUCCAGUUGAAUGCAUUGUUGCGAGAGUUGGUGCUACAGAAUCCACGAUGGCAUCUGGUAGAUGUGGAACUGCUAACUCUUCAUUUUUGGCCUGUGGACAAAUACUUGCGCGAUACCCAUCACCCUCUGCCGUUUGUGACAAUGAACAUGUUAAAUGUAUAUUUGAAUUUAUAUCUAGAUUAUGUAUAAUAUAUAGGAACGUCUUUCAGGGCAGGCAGCCCGUGCACAAUACAUAUAUUAUGAAUAUAAGUAGUGUUAUGUAUGUAAGCAAGUGAGGUGAUC